UGCGAUUCAUUCAGCCACAUCACCCACACGCAUACUCCUGCCCAGCGUGAGCUCACAGUCUGUCUACCUUUCGCUUGAAAAUCUGCGUGUCCGUGAGAAACUGUGCUGUUGGUCCACACCUAAGGCAGAAUACUACAGAUCUGACUGUUGAACACUUUUUUUAGUUUAGCAAGAAUCUCUCCUCCUUCCAAUGGGUCCCGGGUUAGUUAUACUUUUCUCUCUGUUUGGAGUUCUCAACGGACAAGGUGGAAAACAGAUGUCAAUAGAGGAGUGCUGUAAGGAUGGUCGGGACCGGGGCAUUGAUAAACAGGACUGCACAGCCCUCCCUCUCAUCUCCGAGUCCACCACAUGCAGGAUAGUACAGGAGCAGUGCUGCGCGGCGGUACUAGAGGACUCUAUCUGCACCAACGGCAUCAACAUGGCCAAAGACCAGGGGGGCUGUGACACCCAGUUUCCUGGAAGCACCUGCGAGACCAAGACUGCCAAGAUGUGCUGUGACUGUUGUCUGCUGGGCCGGGCUGCUCAGGAGAAGGGUCUGCCCUGUGACCACAGCCUGUCUCUGGGCUACCAGUGUGGCCUGGUGUCCCGGGCCUGCUGCGAUGACGGAGCCCCCGAUGUGGAGACCAACAACAAUCUGGUUUCUGACAAAGACAACAAGACCCUCACUGUCAAGGAUAAUCCUUUACUGAAUGAGUGCAGUAAUGGAUUAGCGAAGUGUGCACAGGAAUGUGUGGGCAACGGCACCUGUGCCUGCUUCAAAGGCUACAAACUCAAACCAGAUGGGAAGAACUGUGAAGAUAUAAACGAGUGCCUGCUGGGUGCCAGUAACUGCCGAGUAGGCGAGCGCUGCAUCAACACGCUGGGGUCAUUCCGUUGCCAAAGAGAGGUCAGCUGUGGUACCGGUUACGAGCUUACCGACAGCAACAACUGCAAAGACAUUGACGAGUGUGAGUCGGGCACCCACAACUGCGCCCCAGACUUUAUGUGUCAGAACAGUCAGGGGUCAUUCCGCUGUCGGCCCAAGAACCAGUGUGGCGAUGGAUACAUCCAGGAUGCCCUGGGCAGCUGCAUCGACAUCAAUGAGUGUCUGGCCCAGACGGGGCCUUGCCACCCUGGCCAGUUGUGUAUGAACACGGUGGGCUCCUUCACCUGCCAGAGGAACUCUGUCAACUGUGGCCGGGGAUACCACCUCAACGACAACGGCAACCGCUGCGUGGAUAUCGAUGAGUGUAAAGGUCCUGAUGGAGCGUGUGCAGGCCAUGGCUGUAUCAACCUGGUAGGAUCGUUCCGUUGUGAGUGUAAGACUGGCUUCAUCUUCAACAGCAUCAGCCGCGUCUGCGAAGAUAUCAAUGAGUGCAGGCACUACCCAGGGCGCCUCUGUGCCCACAAGUGUGAGAAUGCCGUGGGGUCCUAUAAGUGCAGCUGCACCCAAGGCUUCAAGCUGGCCAGCGACGGCAGGAACUGUGAUGAUCUAAAUGAAUGCGAGAGCAGCCCUUGCAGUCAAGAGUGUGCCAACGUGUACGGCUCCUACCAGUGCUACUGUCGCCGUGGCUACCAGCUCAGUGACAGGGAUGGCAUCAACUGUGAAGACAUUGAUGAGUGUGCCUUGCCCACCGGGGGUCACAUCUGCUCCUACCGCUGCCACAACACCCCCGGGAGCUUCCACUGCAACUGCCCCGCCACCGGCUACACCCUGGCCCCCAACGGACGCAGCUGCCAGGAUGUUGAUGAGUGUGUGACAGGGACACACACCUGCUCUGAGACAGAGAGCUGCUUCAACGUGCAGGGUGGAUUCAGAUGCUUGUUCUUUGAGUGUCCACCCAACUAUCGCCGAGCAGGGGAGAACAGGGCAAGGGUCGAGCGCUCAGACACCGUCCGCUGUGUGAAGUCGUGCCAGCCCAAUGACAUCAGCUGUGUCCUGGACCCUGUACACUCCAUCUCCCACACCUUCAUUUCCAUGCCUACCUUCAGGGAGUUCACCAGGCCAGAAGAGAUAGUUUUCCUGAGAACCAUGUCGCCGGCGCACUCCUCCCCCCACAUCAGCUCCGACAUCGUCUUCGACAUCCUGGAGGGAAAUGUCCAGAACUCCUUCGACAUCGUCAAGCGUCAGGAGCACGGUGUAAUCGUGGGUGUUGUCCGACAAGUGAAGCCUCUGAUUGGCCCGCUGAACAUGGUGUUGAAGCUGGCUAUGAACUACGUCACCUCUGGGGUGGUGUCUCAUCGGAACAUCGUCAGCGUCCACAUCUUCGUCUCCGAGUUCUGGUUCUGAGUACAGGACACACACCACCACCACACAUAGCCAUACAGUUCUACCACAGUACUACCAACACCACAACACAUAGCCAUACAGUUCUACCACAGUACUGCCAACACCACAACACAUAGCCAUACAGUUCUACCACAGUACUGCCAACACCACAACACAUAGCCAUACAGUUCUACCACAGUACUACCAACACCACAACACAUAGCCAUACAGUUCUACCACAGUACUACCAACACCACUACACAUAGCCACAAAGUAUUAUCAAUUACACACUACUACCACACAGUACUACCAUAGUCCUAUAACUUUACCCUCCUAACAUGAAGAGAAAGGAGAAUGCUGAGUGCAUGGAGGAGAAAAGGAAGAUUAUUUAGGUGUGUAACUAACAGGAUGUGCAUACCAUUGGACAGUCCAAUAAAGGGAAUUCCUGAUACAACCAACACACAUUGUACUAACUUUAGUUAACUUUCGUUCCUUUUCGAUGAAGAUAAACAGACCACUAGCUGCUUAGUUGCUUUUGUUAUUGUAUGAAACUAAAGCACUUCCCAGUAAGUUUACCUGUAAUAUAAGUUGAUGUAACAAGCCAAGCCAUGAGUGGAUGCAUGCACCUGGCCUACGGAGCUUGACGUGAAGACUCAUAAACUGUAUCACAUAAUGUAAGCAUGCUGUCAUGCCCAAGACUAUAGAAUGUGAUUGUGAAUUUAAAAUGCAUGCGUAGACAUGGAGAUGUGAAAAACCAUGAAAGGAUUCAACAGUUGAAUGUAACACUAACCCAUGGGGUAAUGAUGUGUAUUACAUUUCCUAUUCUUACUGUAUACAUUGCGAAAGGUGUUACGGUACUAUAUAAACCAUCUUGUUUUUA